AAUGUCAACGCAACUUUCUCGAGCCACAACAAAUAACACGAUUACGAGCACCGCGAAUGCAGAGGGUUCCGACAGCGAUGUGUCCGGUGGAGAGAUGUUCACCCUUGCGGUCAUGGUAUUGGUAAUUCUUGCUUCCUUGUUUGGUAACUCUCUGGUGAUUGGCGCCGCCUAUAUUCGCGAGUCACUCAGAAGCCCCAGUAAUAUGCUCCUUGUAAAUCUAGCUUUGGCUGAUUUGGGCCAAGGAAUCAUUGCAAUACCUUUGCGCAUGACAGAAAUUUUCAACAGAGGUUCAAAGCCAUUGGUACCUUGUCUACUGGUACUUUAUAUAACAAUCUUGUUCUUCGGAGUCUCUAUGAUUACCGUGGCCCUUAUCUCUGUUGAUCGCUUCGUAGCAAUCCGCUGGCCCUUUUUGUAUGGAAAUUACUUUAAUCAUAAAAGUGUACCGAUCAUCAUAAUACUCGCAUGGAUUUUCAUGGUGAUCUUUUCGUGCAUUCCAUACCUUGGAGCGGGAAUCGAACCGGAAAUGUCGACAAAAUUUUGUUUCUAUUCCCAGUACCUUUCAAAGGCCUACCUCAUCACGAUGUUUUCACUCGUCAAUAUUAUGAUCAGCGUUAUUUUGCUCAUCACAAACAUGUACCUUCUCAAAGAAACCUUGCGUCAUAUCCUUAAAAUCAAGUCUCAAGUGAUGCCGAUGGCCUGGAACGGUUACAGUCAGACGAGAGAGCCCACGUUAACGACAAACAACACAAGAAGCUUUGAAAACAAAAAAAAACAGUCAUUUGAACCAUCUAACAGUACAAAGGCCCGGUACCAUCGAGAGGUAAAAGCUACUCGCGUUACUAUUGCCAUUGUGGGCUUCACUAUUGUGUUGACCACACCCAUAAUGGUGAUCGACCUUGUCUCUAUCUGGUGUCCUCUGUGCUCACCAUCCAUUAUAACCAGAAUAGCUGUCGCAAUGGCAUAUGCAAACUCGUGUGUUAACCCAUGGAUUUUUGCCAGAUUUAAUUCUCUGUAUUGGGAGACGUAUUUGGAAUUACUUAAGAGAGUGCGCAACGUGUUACGUUGCAAGUGGAAAUAGGUCAAUAUGGAAUUUGUGGUCCUAAAGAGAUUAAAAAGUGAUACUGUUUCAGAAUAAACUAUUGGAUAAACGAUUGCUUAACGAGCUUAUCUGAAAAAUAAAACAAUAAAACAAAAUUGAGCGAAA